UGUCAUUGAAGAACACAGAGGGCACGGAUUGGUCUACGAGUUCCUCAACUACUCUAUCGCUGCAUUUAGCUUCUCUCCACCACUGAAACGCUCAUCGGUUCAACACUGACUCAUCAGCAUCUCAGGACCUAGUGCUAGAACCAUGGAGCACGUGGCAAUAUUUGACUCACCUGGAAAAGGAAGGGGUCUGAAGGCUGCCAAGGAGUUUUGGGCUGGAGACGUCAUUUUCGCCGAGCCCAGUAUCGCAGCUGUUGUAUUUGACAGUCUAGCAGAGCGUAUUUGCCACAGCUGUUUCCGCAGUCAAGAGAAGCUGCAGAGGUGCGGCCAGUGCAAAUUUGCUCACUAUUGUGACCGAACUUGCCAGCGUGCCGGGUGGGCCGAACACAAGCAGGAAUGUGCUGCCAUCAAAGCUUACCACAAAGCGCCGAACGAGAACAUCCGUUUGGCGGCCCGCAUCGUGUGGCGCCUCGACAAAGAGGGGAGCGUGAUGUCCGACAUGCAGCUGACCACACUGGAGGAGCUGGAGGAUCACAUUGCUGACAUGCAACAGGACGAGUUGAAGGACCUAAAAGUGGACAUCCACAACUUCCUGGACUACUGGCCCCGGACCAGCAAGCAGCACAUCAUUGACGACAUUUCCCAUAUUUUUGGAGUGAUUAACUGUAACGGUUUCACUGUGAGCGACCAGAGGGGCCUUCAGGCAGUGGGAGUUGGACUUUUCCCAAAUUUGUGUCUGGUGAAUCAUGACUGCUGGCCGAACUGCACCGUGAUCCUCAACCACGGAAAUCAAUCGGCUGUGAAUACUAUGUAUCAUUCUCAACGGAGGAUCGAACUGCGCUCUCUGGGUAAGAUCGAAGAGGGAGAUGAGCUGACGGUCUCGUACGUGGACUACAUGAAUUUGUCAGAGGAGAGACGAAGGCAGCUGAAAACACAAUACUUCUUUGACUGCACGUGUGAGCACUGCAAGAACCACAUCAAAGAUGACCUGAAGUUGGCGGGAUGCGAGGUGGACGGAGUCAAGCCUACAGAGGAGCAGGUGAAAGAGGCAACAGAUUAUUGCUAUCAAAUGCUGGAGAAGAUGGACAAGGCUCGACUAAGUGGCAACUACCAUGAGGUGAUAAAAACCUGCAAGGAUUGCAUAGCGAAGACGGAGCCCGUUUUGGCCGACACUCACAUCUACCAGCUGAGGAUGUGGAGCACAUUAAGUGAGGUGCAAGCUUACUUGCAGUUCUUCCUUGAUGCUGCAGAAUACUCUCGCAAAAUGGUGGAUGGAUACACUAAACUGUACCACCCGAACAAUGCGUCUCUCGGUAUGGCUGCCAUGCGAGCAGGAGUGACUCACUGGCAAGCCGGGGAGAUAGAGGUCGGCCACGGGAUGGUCUGCAAGGCCUAUGCCAUUCUCAUGGUCACCCACGGCGCAACACAUCCCAUCACCAAGGACCUGGAGUCGAUGCGUGUGCAGACGGAGAUGGAGUUGAGGAUGUUCAAGCAGAACGAGUAUGUUUACCACAGUAUGAGAGAGGCAGCUCUGAAGAACAAACCGAUGUCCAUGAUGCAGGAACCUUCGUCUGUGGAGGAGGGAAUCAAGAACCUCUUCCACCGGAGGAAGUGAUUAAAAAGAUCCAAGAAAAAAAGACAUCCUAUUGUUUACGCUUGACAGUUUUCCGAGUGUUGAUGUGUGUGAGUCUACACAUUUAGUCACAUGAUCAUUUUCUGUUUCACUCACUUUUGUAGUUACGCUUUUCAUUAAAAAGAUGUCACGUCAAA